ACCCCUCCAACCUCCCCCCGCUCUUCUUCACUCUUCACUCCAAGUCCAAGGCACCACCAAGGUCCAAACUCUCUCUCUCUCUCUCUCUCUCUCUCUCUCCCUCUCUCUCUCCACUGGUUUUAGGUGGUGUGAAGAGUGAUUAGAGAAGAUGUUGCUGGGAAAGCGUCCUCGUCUUCCGAUGAGGAGAACGACAAGCUUGACCGAAUUCACUGUUGAUCUAAACAACGUGGAGGCUCCGGUGCCGUCCGAUCCGCAGAACCCCAUGAAAGAUCGACAAAAACCGGUUGGCGAAGAGACUCAUGCAAGAAGAACCCAACCAGGGGGAGGUAAGGCUCCCGGUGGAUUCAACGACCGGUUACUGGCCACUGUCUCACCGAGGAACCCCAGGAGGAAUUCGGCCGAUUUGGUUCAGACGGCUCACUUCUUAAGGGCGUGCGGCCUCUGUAAGCGCCGUUUGGCACCCGGUCGAGAUAUUUACAUGUAUAGAGGCGAUAGCGCUUUCUGCAGUCUGGAGUGCCGGCAGCAACAGAUGAAUCAAGACGAGCGGAAAGAGAAGUGCUCCUUGGCGUCGAAGAAAGAUGCUACGAAGGCUGCGGCCGAAUCAGAAGCAUCCAGUAAAGGAGGGACGGUGGCAGCUGCAUAGCCUAGAAAAUCCAACAAAUUAAAGAUGAUUUGAUUCUGUUCCAUCCCCGCCCAUAUAUGAUCUGAUGAUACGUAUUAGAACUAAAACAUAUUGUGAAGAAUGAAGAUGGGUGCAGUUAAUUUUUCUGUCCGCAUAUCAGUUGGGCAAGCUUUGGAACUGCGAUUUAUUUUUAAUUUCAUGUGGAUCCAUCGAUCCAUUCAUCCCACAUACACAACCCCAAUCUCUGUACUUGUUCCUACCUUCUUUUUUUAUUUUACUUAUUUUUGUUCUACUUUUUUGUUAGCUUCAAUGAAAGAAAUUUGCAGAUUUACUAGUUAUUAGCCCCUAA